ACUCGCUAUCGAUCUCACAUCUUCCGAGUCUUCCUAACGUCGGUCUUUUGUCUUCCGUUUUUCGAUCACGAUAUUGCACCAAGUCGUCGGGCUUGCGUGAAUAGUGAACGAUUGAUCGUGUGAACACCGGUGAACGAUGUGAACGCAUGGUCCCGAUGGUGCACGACUCGGCCAAUGAUCGAGAGAGUCGAUCGAAACACAUCUCUCAAUGAUCCUUCAAAGGAUGGAUAUAAACGCGACGACGCUCGAUAGAGACGAGGGGAUGAAAGACAUUUUAACAGUCGCCAGGGGACAACGAUUGCAAUAGGGUUCGAAAAGACGGAGAGAUACCUACUGACCUAUACUGAGAGCAAAGUUCAGUGAUCACAUAACUUCACGUCGUCGAAUGUGCUUCCGCGAAGACAAUCUCGUGAGUGCGAGAAAUCAAACGGUGAGACUCAAACGUGAUUUAUUUUUCGUCGCAAAAGUAAAAAUAUCGAUGGAAGGAACUAGGUUGUAACGCUUCGACUUUUGCUUCUUCAUUUGAUAUAGAAUAUCAACAGCGACGGCGGCGAUAAUAUAAUUAAACAACUCUAAGAAGCAACAACAAUAUAGAGCAAUAUUAAUUAAUGCGUUCAAGUGACCUGCGUAUAAAUAAAAAAAAACAAUAAACUGUGAUAUAAAAUUGGGAUAGGUGGUCCCCUAAAUAAACCACUGCCAUCAACUGUUAAAUUAACUGUGGACAAGAAAUUUCAUCUUUUGACGUGUGUUUAUAUGUUUGUGUGCAUGUGCGGUUUAUACACGACGGAACGUUUGUAUGAAAUCGGACAAGUCAACGGAGUUAAGCAUCGCUAAUUAUCUUAGAGCCCUCGUAUAAUUGCCACUAAUUAAUCAACGCGACUCUUGACGCUCCUUGUCUCCGUCGCAUUCGAGCUCUGAAUUUCACUUCCUGCCGUCGCCAGCUCAUAUAUGGAGACAAUGAAGUGGCUUUGGAUAAUUGUCUUGAUGGCUCUGGCGUUGCCAGCUGCUGUACCACGAAAAAUCCACAGAAGCAAGCCCACACCACGAUUGUACGGCGACAGAGUCCCCAUCAAUUUAAUAAGGACCACUAGCAGUAAGGUACGGCAAAAGAUCGUGGACACCCACAAUUACUUUCGCACGCAGGUCAAGCCAUCUGCCGCCAACAUGCUCGUCAUGAAAUGGCAUUCGGGCUUAGCAAAGGCAGCACAGAGGUGGGCCGAUCGUUGUCUCGGUUUGGUGCAUGACAAUGCGACCGGUCUGUACCUGGACGGCUUUGGACAGAGUGGACAAAACAUAUUCAUCAGCACGGGUCGUACGCUCUGGAACUUCCCCAUCAGAAUGUGGUACAUGGAGUACAAGGACUUCAAGUACGGGCCCAAUACGACGAAUGAGAUCCUCGAGAUCGGCCAUUACACGCAGGUGGUGUGGGCGACGACACAUCUGGUCGGAUGCGGGGUGAGCCAUUGCACCGGCGGCAAGGGUCCGCUUGGCAAGGAUUUCUAUAUGUAUGUUUGCAACUAUGCUCCGAGCGGGAACUACAAGGGCCGUCUGGGCUUGCCGUACGUGGCCGGGAAGCCGUGCAGCAUGUGCAAGGACCACUGCACGCAGGACGCGCUUUGCACGAACGCCUGCUAUCAUACCGAUCUGUGGUCCAACUGCGCCGAACUGCUCAGGACGUUUGGUUCGUGGGUCUGCGAUACGGACACCAAGGAGGGUCGCGAACGCCGAAAGUUCUGCGGCGCCACAUGCAAUUGCAAGGACAAGAUCUACUACCAUCACGAAGGGUAGGAGGGCUUGACUUUGGGUCCACCGUGUUGCAUGAAUAAUUUAAUCGCUCUGCAAAACUAAACUCAGACCUAGUGGGUGUUACGACGGCUAAACGGCAGCAGAUCGUUUAAUGGAGGGUCGUGUUGUUUUAUUGAUGAGCUCGUUUGUUUAGUGAUGAGAACUGGAGAAACGCUCGCAAUGUUAUGGAGCUAAGGCAUCGAGAAAGGGGGAGGGAACGAAAAGAGAAAGAGAGAGACACACACAUAGAGAAUGGAUAGCGAGUAAACGGGAUAAUAUGGAAAUAUGGUAGAUGAAGUGAUUGUGGGAUUUGUGUGCUAUCUGAAUCUCUGGGGCCUAAAUUUCGCGGAUUCUAAGAUUGUCCAAAAUCUAAUAGAUCGAUAGAUUCUGUUCGGCAAUUUAACAAUUACUGCACAUAAUCUUUCGAUUCCAGAGAUUCCAACAUAUUCUCGUUGUAAUAUAAUCCUUGAAUUCUAGGACUCUGAAUUUUAUAAUUCUCGAAUGUUCAGGAUCCUUUGAAAUUUCACAAAUUACCGGUGUAAAACUCGCGUCUAUCUUUUAUGAUUUGCAUAAAACUUCAUUUCCUAUGAAGUUUUACGCGAAGUAAUCAAUAUAUUUGCAAAAGAUGUCAAUCAUAAUUUUUAAUGUGCUAUAACAAUACAAUAAAAUGGAUUAAUUUUUGAAAUGAAUGGUACCGUGAUUGACAUCGAAAUUAAGACGUAUUACGUUUAAUGUCUAUAUUUUAGUUGUUAGAGAUUAAUAUAAUUUCCUAAUUAAUAUGCACGCACACGUACGUUUGCAGGAGAAUAAAGUUCCAGGACUGGGUUUGAAAAGUUUUUAGUAUACAUUUAAAAUUAGCUUUUUAUCGGUGAUUCUUUAAUCUGCUUCAAUCUGUACGUAUUCAAAAAAAGAAUAAAA